AUGGGAUCUGAACUAGCCUUCUUCAAAUUUGUGUGGAGCUCUGAAUAUUUGGAAAUUCCUCACGAGUUCAUGUUUCGAGUCGGAGGAUCUCUUCCAGCGAAAUGCCUGCUGAGAGAUUGUAACAGAAACCUAUGGCUUGUGGAGGCCGCCAGACGAGGAGACGGUUUUUGGUGCUUCACGGAAGGCUGGUCCGAUUUCUUCACGCGUAACUCAAUCGAGCUCCGCGAUCUUUUAGAGUUCGAAUAUACGGGGGAUAAUUUGUUCGACUUUGUAGUUUUGGGGCACGAUGCUUGCGACAAACCCCAACUCCCUCCCAACCUAGACGAAGACGAGCAAGCGAACAUUUCAGAUGAGCAGCAAGAAGUGGCUACAUUCGGAGCCCGAACGAUGCCUCACAAACGUAGCUACAAAAAGCAGAACACGCGCGAUUGCUACGGAGAGGACAUCUUCGAAUCGAGCCUCGUCCCCCGGCCCAACAACCCUUAUUUCGUGACCAGGUGGAGGCCUCUGUGCCGAAAGAAUGAGCUGUACAUCCCGAAGGAUGUAAUAGUGGACUAUGGUCUCGAUAUCCCGGAGAAAAUGUUCCUUGUGGACGAGCGAGGGAGAAAAUGGGAGACUAAGGUCAAACAGUGGAAAGACGGUCGGCUGUGGUGCACGGGAGGUUGGAAAAGCCUAUGUAACGUCAACCGAGUCGGGAUAAACGACACGUGCGUGUGUGAGUUUGUUAACGACACGCUCGUGUGCAAACGUGCGAGAGCCGGUGAGGGAGACGGCGGCGGAGAGGAAUCGUCGGAUUCGUCGGCAGGCGGCUGCGGAGGAAGAGAAGGAGAAUUUGCAGGGGAAUCGGCGGACAAGGAAGGUCUGGCGAGAGAGAUGAAUGCGAGGAGGAAGAAGAUGAGAGAGAGAGUUGCGGAGAUUGACGCCAUUGAUGAGAUUUGUGGGAAGCUUUUUCUGAGUUGA